GAGUUGUUGAACUUGAAAUCAAUAAAAGGGGCUGUGCUAGGGUUUGGACGUUUGUUUCAAUUCUCAAGUCUCAUCUGGUCGAGUAUCGAAGACAUGGGCAGAAGACCUGCAAGGUGUUAUCGCCAAAUCAAGAACAAGCCGUACCCAAAAUCUCGAUUCUGCCGUGGUGUCCCUGAUCCUAAGAUCAGAAUUUAUGAUGUUGGGAUGAAAAAGAAGGGUGUCGAUGAGUUUCCUUUCUGUGUCCAUCUUGUCAGUUGGGAAAAGGAGAAUGUCUCAAGUGAGGCAUUGGAGGCUGCUCGAAUUGCCUGCAACAAGUACAUGGCUAAAUUUGCUGGGAAGGAUGCUUUCCAUUUGAGAGUGAGGGUUCAUCCCUUCCAUGUUCUGCGGAUCAACAAGAUGCUUUCCUGUGCUGGUGCUGAUAGGCUUCAGACUGGAAUGAGGGGUGCUUUUGGGAAACCUCAAGGAACAUGUGCAAGAGUCGACAUUGGUCAGGUCCUGCUUUCUGUUCGUUGCAAGGACAGCAACAGCCAUCAUGCACAGGAGGCCCUUCGCCGCGCAAAGUUUAAGUUUCCUGGUCGUCAAAAGAUUAUUGUUAGCAGGAAGUGGGGAUUUACCAAGUACGGCCGUGCUGAUUAUCUGAAGUGGAAGUCUGAGAACAGGAUUGUUCCUGAUGGUGUAAAUGCAAAGCUUCUUGGAUGUCAUGGACCUUUGGCUAAUCGUCAACCUGGAAGAGCUUUUCUACCUGCAUCAACAUAGACUCUUGUCUACCUAUAAAAUCUUGACGUGCUCUCCGAAAGCUUCUGUUGAACUCAUUUUUAGUUUAUUAUUAUAGUAUGUUUUAUUCUGUGUGUCUUUCCUCAGUUGAACAGAUGUUGUUGAGGACCAGAAUAUUUGGUUUGUGAAUUGUUACUCGCACUAUGGUACUGAGUUUGUUAUUGAAUUGCAGUUUAUUAUCAUUUCCA